GCUUCGACGGCCUUUUGAAGGGUGGGCUGUGCAGUCCCAAGUUUCAAUAGACACGCUCAGCUGCAGCGCCUGCAUUUGCAUUUCAUGCAGACUUCGCACGGCGGAACCAGCGCAGCGGAUGACUCUGAACUUUAAAAAAAACACACACACACAUUAAGAAUUAGAGCACACAAUUUCGACAAACAAGGAUUUGUUUGAGUUCAUUUGAUUAGGAAUAGUACGCUUCAGGCGACAAUAAUCGGUCUCUGUUUUAAAAGAAAAAAAUGUCUGAAAACGUAAAGACGGAACUAGGUUUCUCGGCGGAGGGCUACUAAUUCCACAGCGCAACCGACUGCCAUCACACAUUUCAUGAGCUCCAGUCAAGCGGACAGAGUUCACUGCAGCGUUCAAACCCGGCAUGCCACCGUUUGACUUGAAUAAUAUUGAAAUAUCGAGGAAAUAACAAUUUCCGACCGUGCGGUCCGGGUCGCUUUGAAAGACAACUCGCUUGGGUUUUGAUUACGGCAGCCGAACUUGGGACCAUUGGGAGAAGUCAAGAGCAAGCUAAAAGAUGUCAAUUCUGCCUUUCACUCCCCCCAUCGUCAAGCGACUUUUGGGCUGGAAGAAGGGAGAGCAGAACGGCCAGGAGGAGAAGUGGUGUGAAAAAGCCGUGAAAAGUCUGGUGAAGAAGCUGAAGAAGACGGGACAGCUGGACGAACUGGAGAAAGCCAUCACCACGCAGAAUAUCAACACAAAAUGCAUCACCAUACCAAGGUCUCUGGAUGGCCGUCUGCAGGUAUCUCACAGAAAAGGUCUGCCCCAUGUUAUCUACUGUCGUCUGUGGCGUUGGCCCGACCUGCAGUCCCACCAUGAACUGCGGGCAGUGGAGUUGUGCGAAUACGCCUUUCACACAAAGAAGGACGAGGUGUGUGUCAACCCCUACCACUACCAGAGAGUAGAGACUCCAGUACUCCCUCCUGUGCUGGUGCCCAGACACACGGAGAUCCCGAGUGAAUUUCCACCUCUGGAUGACUACAGCCAUUCAAUCCCUGAAAACACCAACUUCCCUGCUGGCAUCGAGCCGCAGAGCAACUACAUACCAGAAACGCCACCUCCAGGCUACCUCAGUGAGGAUGGAGAGACCAGCGAUCACCAGAUGACUCAUAGCAUGGACACAGGCUCACCAAACCUAUCGCCCAAUCCUGUUUCCCCCACUCACAAUAACUUGGAUCUCCAGCCCGUGACAUAUUGCGAGCCGGCUUUCUGGUGCUCCAUUUCCUACUAUGAGCUAAACCAGCGGGUAGGAGAGACCUUCCACGCCUCGCAGCCCUCGCUGACGGUAGAUGGUUUUACAGACCCUUCCAACUCCGAGCGUUUCUGCCUGGGCCUCUUGUCCAACGUCAACCGCAAUGCUGCAGUGGAGCUAACACGCAGACACAUCGGUCGCGGAGUGCGACUCUAUUACAUAGGGGGAGAGGUAUUCGCAGAGUGUCUCAGCGACAGCGCCAUCUUCGUGCAGAGCCCCAACUGUAACCAGCGCUAUGGUUGGCAUCCCGCAACUGUCUGCAAGAUCCCUCCAGGAUGCAAUCUGAAGAUCUUCAACAACCAGGAGUUUGCUGCACUGCUGGCACAGUCGGUCAACCAGGGUUUUGAGGCCGUCUACCAACUCACCAGGAUGUGCACCAUUCGCAUGAGCUUUGUUAAGGGCUGGGGGGCCGAGUACAGGCGACAGACGGUGACCAGCACCCCCUGCUGGAUCGAACUGCACCUGAACGGCCCGUUGCAGUGGCUGGACAAGGUGCUCACGCAGAUGGGCUCACCCAGCAUCCGCUGCUCCAGCGUCUCCUAGGUAACCUCUCCGGCAUCUAUGCGAGUGACUGAAAACGACAAGAUGAUCCUUCAGUGACCCGCAAGCCCGUUCUUCUUCCCCGCCAGCUAUCAAUAGCACUUUUUAAAGACAGGACAUGUUUGAUUUUUGUGUGGCAAAAAAGGGGACAAGUGCAUUAAAACGAGACCAUGUUCGUAUGAACUCUGCUUGUCGAUUGUUCUUGUCACAUCUCAAUGAGGGGGUGUUUUUCUUAUUCAAUUAAGAGAUUCAUGUAUUGCUCUUGAAAUUGUUUUUAUGUUGUACAUACAGUGUCACAUUGUGUUGUUGGAUCUUGUUUAACCUCCGAUCAUUUGAUGAACCGACUUUUUUUUUUAUUUUUAUUUUUUUUUAAUCAAACAGUUCCCUGGUGUCUUAAAAGCAUGGCUGGCAUGCUUUCAUCCAAAUACCCAAAGGAAAUUUGGAACUGAUAAUCUGCACCACACAUUGACAUUUAUCAAACUCUUCCCUGAGAUAUGCGGCUGGCCAGAGAGUGGCCGCGGCCGACACAUAGCUCCGCCCCUGCUGUUCAUUCAGCCUUUGCUACUGACACUCCUAGCUUACGUCACGAAAUCUAAUUUUUUUUCUUAUUGUUCGCGCAUGUAUUGUCGCGUAGCUGACGUGUAACAAGCACCCUCAAUAAGGAGACCGAAGACAUCUCACAUGCUCAACAUUUGCAUUUGUUUGGAAAUCAAUCUGAGGAGACAGUGUGGUUGUUUACCUACUUGAUAUUCACAUUUAAACUCUCAGGACUGUAAAAAAAUAAAAAAUAAAAAAAGUCAACAACAACAACAACAGCCUAAUUGCAUACAGAAAAGAGGAGGAAAGACCAAUGUGACACAUAAUAACUUCUAUUUUUCUAGUUCUGAAACUUUUUCUCCAUGCAGCUUUUGAUAAAGGGAAAAGUUUAGAUGGAGGCAUGUAAAUAAUAAUAGCUCCGCUCAAUCUUUAUUUUUACUAUCUCGUUCAUAUUAUUGUUUUUGACCAUUUACCUUUAUAAUGUUGAUGAUUUUUGUCAAAAGGUGAUCAAAGAGGGAUGAAAGAGUAUUCAGUCUUAGCUUUGGGCCUGGCAGGGGGCACGUUUAUUUCUAAACUAAAGACUCCACUACCCGAACAUGGACAAGAUACAGAAUCUUCUUACAUUGUAGUUCUUUCCCUAAAUCCGGCUUUGACCUUAAUGCCUGCCCAGUGGUGCUAAUAUUUAACAUUGUUGGGAUGUAAAGCAAGUGUGGUGACACUAACAAAUGAGUGACGACUGACAAACCCUUCAAAUGUUCAAUUUGUUUCAGAAAAGUAGCAUCUACCAGUCUGAGACCAUGACUCCUUUUUGUGGUGUUUCUGAGCGCCUCAUUGCAAGUCCUUAAAGGGCUCUUAUCAGGCCCGUCGUCUGAGAAGUAUUCUUCUACACUCUUUAAUAACUGUGUCUGUGCUUUUUCAAAUUGCUCACUUUAUUAGUUCGUCUCUAUUAGUUAUGAUUUUGCAUCGUUUUGGAUGUCUGGUAUACACUUAUGUUUUUUUCGUUUCUCCUGUCUAUAAAAUGAUGUGUUGCCUUGUA